AAUAAUAUAUGUACCGGAGAUAUUAGAGGAGAGGGGUAGGCCAUAUAAAACGGAACAUAAAUAUUAAUAUUAAUAUUAUAAUUAUUAGUUAUUGCAUUUUCUGUGUCUGUGUCCAUUUAUUUCUGAUGAGCUAGCUAGCUUGUCUCUUAACUAUAUGUUACCAUAAUAGCCAGGUAUUGCAGCUCAAGUAUCAAGAAGAAGAUGAGAUGAGAUCCAAAAGAAGUUUUUUUAAAGUGUCCAUCAUCAAAAUCCCAAUACUACUUCUGAUCGAUGAUCAGUCAAUCCCAUCAGUCAAAUCAAAUCAAACACCAACAAAGUGAGAGAAAAGGAGAGAGAAAGAGAAAUAAAGAAAGAAAGAAAAGCAAGAAAACUGAGAUAGAAUAAUAGAUAAAGAGAUAGAUAGAGAGAGAGAGAGAGUGAGAGAGAAAGAGAGAGAGAAAGAGAGUUAUCAGAAUCAAGCAAAAGAAAAAAUGUCGGCCUCGUCCGCUGCCUUUUCACCACCGGACCACCUCUCCCCUUCCGACCAGCUCUGUUACGUUUAUUGCAAUUUCUGCGAUACUGUCCUCGCCGUUAGUGUUCCUUCGGAGAGUUUGUACAAGAUUGUGACAGUGAGAUGUGGUCACUGCAGCAACCUUCUUUCGGUCAACAUGCGUGGACCGCUUCUUCCUGCUGCCCCCAAUCAACUCCAUUUCGGCCAUGCUUUCUUCACUGCUCCUCAACAUCUUCUGGAGGAUAUUCGGAGCCUCCCAUCGAAUAAUAAUCUUAUGAUGAUGAAUAAUAAUAAUAAUUAUAAUCAUCAUCAUCAGCCAAACCCUAACGAUUUGCUUAUGCCAAUUCGCGGAAGAGCUGAAGAGAUCCCUAAACCUCCGGUUGUUAACAGACCUCCGGAAAAGAGACAGAGGGUACCAUCUGCUUACAACCGUUUCAUUAAAGAUGAGAUCCAACGUAUCAAAGCUGGAAAUCCAGAUAUAAGCCACAGAGAGGCCUUUAGUGCUGCUGCAAAGAAUUGGGCCCAUUAUCCUCAUAUCCAUCUCGGACUAAUGCCUGAUCAACCCGUGAAGAAGCCAGUUAUACGCCAGCAGGAUGGUGACGACAUGCUUAUGAAAGAUGGAUUUUUCAGUACUACUCCUCCUGCUGCCAACGUUGGCGUCUCUCCCUACUAAUUAUAUGCAUGUCUCUAAGUAUAAAAACCUUAGAGCUUUCUUUUAAUUUGGUAUUUAACUAAAGAUACUACUGUAACUUGUACUACUACUGAUGAUAUUAUUAGCUUUCUUCUUUACUGGUACAACUAUUGUCUUUCUUGCUAUCUUAUAAUUAUAUAUUAUAACCGUUAAUUUCA